CGGAGAAAAAUAAAGUAGAAGACGACGACGAUGGUGGGAUUUGAGAGCUAUGUGGUUGUUCACAACAUAGCAAAGCGUCACAACGUCGGAACUUUAGCUCGUAGCGCCACUGCUUUUGGUGUGACGGAGCUAAUUCUCGUCGGUCGCCGUGAUUUCAACGCCUUCGGUAGUCAUGGUUCAGCUUCUCACAUCCGUUUCCGCCAUUUUCAUUCACUUAUCGAAGCUCGCAACUAUCUCAAGGAGGAGAAAGAUUGCGAUAUUUGCGGCGUUGAGAUUGCAGAUGGAGCUUCUGCUGUUAAUGAACAUCCUUUCAAAAGAAACACUGCGUUUCUUCUCGGUAAUGAGGGAUCAGGAUUAUCUGCCAAGGAAUAUGAAAUAUGUGACUUCUUUGUAUACAUUCCUCAGUAUGGCUGUGGCACUGCCUCUUUGAAUGUUACUGUUGCAGCUUCUAUUGUUUUGCAUCAUUUUGGAGUUUGGGCUGGAUUUUCUGAGCGUGUCCGGGAUGGGAGUAAAUUUAUUGUGGCUGAUAGACCUGUAAAACAAGGAAGACGGAAUUUCUGUGCUGGAACAGAAGAAUCCAUCAUUGAAGAGCGGAAGUUGAGGAAAGAAAGUGCAGAAAAUGGGUUUUUUGAUGAGAAUGAAAAUGGAAAUGGAAGUUCAUCAUCCGACCUUUUGAAUGGUUUGUUCCUUAAUGAAUAAUUGUCUUUGAAAAAGAUCAAAGUCUUGAUUUGGGGGUAAAUCCUGUGCAAGCUCAGGAACACCCCCUUUAAUAUAUAUUACCAAGCGAA